AUGUCUCCGCUCUCGGCAGCGUCGGAACGGCACGGCUACAGAUCUCCAUUGUCGUUUCUGACUCCAGGAAUGUCCAGGAGCGAGGAAGGUCUCAAAACCCUCACCCCGAGCCCAUCCGACCAAACCAGGGCAAAAUCUUUGAAUAUCAGUGAGACUCACUACAAAGAAUCCUGGAAUAAAAUGCAACAUGGUGGUUAUAAAUUAAAACUGGAUGCCAUUCCUUUCCAGACAGCAAAGACUUCUAAUGAAAUUAUAAGUGAUUAUAAGUAUAAGGAGGCCUUUGAGAAAAUGAGGGGGCAGUUGAUUGGUUCCCAUGGCUUGGAAGAUAUAAACAUUUCUCACUUCAUGCAUGCAGCUUUGCUACAAAGUGAUAUAAAUUACAGGAAAGAUUUUGAUAAUCAGAAGAAUAAGUUCUACCUACCAUUAGACAUGGUGAAUUUAGUACAUGCCAGAAAAGCCCAGUCUUUGAUCAGUGAUCAGGAAUAUAGACAACUGCUUCAUGAUUAUACAUCGCUGUCGGAGGAUAUGAGGCUGCAGUGUGCUAAAAAAGCUUACAAACUACAGAGUGAGAAUUUAUACCGAUCUGACUUGAACUUUAUGAGAGGAGUUGGCUGUAUCAUACCCGGGGCCUUGGAGAUUGAAGCAAAGAAGAAAGCUUCUGAACUCAUCAGUGAGAGUAAAUACCGUCAGCAAGCAAAUUCCUUCAAGUACACAUCAUGA